UGGUUACAUUUCUGGAACAGAAGAUUUUACGGAAAAAACUUCGGGGCUGCAAAGUUCUGAAGGCCAGAAGUCUGAAAGGAAGGUACCAGCAGGGCCAUGCUGUCUCAGAACCCUGGAGGGUCUAUGGAGUCCCUGUUCCCCAACCAGGCUAAGCUUCCCUGAACACCCAACCGUGCCUGUGAAUAUGAACCACAGCCUUCGGAAGGAAAGAAAGACCAUGGAACAUUGCAUCUGUAAGCUAAAAAAGCUGAGUGAAGACAGUUUGACUAAGCAGCCUGAAGAAGUUUUUGAUGUCUUAGAGAAGCUUGGAGAAGGGUCUUAUGGAAGUGUUUUUAAAGCAAUACAUAAAGAAUCUGGCCAAGUUGUUGCGAUUAAACAAGUACCUGUUGAGUCUGAUCUUCAGGAAAUCAUCAAAGAAAUUUCCAUAAUGCAACAGUGUGACAGCCCAUAUGUUGUAAAGUACUAUGGCAGUUACUUUAAGAACACAGACCUCUGGAUUGUUAUGGAGUACUGUGGAGCUGGCUCUGUCUCAGACAUAAUUAGAUUACGAAACAAGACAUUAACAGAAGAUGAAAUUGCAACCAUUCUAAAAUCUACAUUGAAAGGAUUAGAAUAUUUGCACUUCAUGAGAAAAAUACAUAGAGAUAUAAAAGCUGGAAAUAUUCUCCUCAAUACAGAAGGACAUGCAAAACUGGCAGAUUUUGGAGUGGCUGGUCAGUUAACAGAUACAAUGGCAAAACGAAAUACUGUGAUAGGAACUCCAUUUUGGAUGGCUCCUGAGGUAAUUCAAGAAAUAGGCUAUAACUGCGUGGCUGACAUCUGGUCGCUUGGCAUUACUUCUAUAGAAAUGGCUGAAGGAAAACCUCCUUAUGCUGAUAUACAUCCAAUGAGGGCUAUUUUUAUGAUUCCCACAAAUCCACCACCAACAUUCAGGAAGCCUGAACUUUGGUCUGAUGAUUUCACCGAUUUUGUUAAAAAGUGUUUAGUGAAGAAUCCUGAACAAAGAGCUACUGCAACACAACUUUUACAACAUCCUUUCAUCAAGAAUGCAAAACCUGUAUCAAUAUUAAGAGAUCUUAUCACAGAAGCUAUGGAGAUCAAAGCUAAAAGACAUGAAGAACAGCAGCGAGAAUUAGAAGAGGAAGAGGAAAAUUCGGAUGAAGAUGAGCUGGAUUCUCACACCAUGGUGAAGACUAGUUCAGAAAGUGUAAGCACAAUGCGGGCCACAAGCACAAUGAGUGAAGGGGCCCAGACUAUGAUUGAACAUAACAGCACAAUGCUAGAAUCUGACUUGGGGACCAUGGUUAUAAACAGUGAGGAUGAGGAGGAAGAAGAUGGAACUAUGAAACGAAACACAACUUCACCACAAGUACAAAGACCGUCUUUCAUGGACUACUUUGAUAAGCAGGAUUUCAAGAAUAAGAGUCAUGAAAACUGUAAUCAGAAUGUGCAUGAGCCCUUCCCUAUGUCCAAAAAUGUUUUUCCUGAUAACUGGAAAGUUCCUCAAGAUGGAGACUUUGACUUUUUAAAAAAUCUAAGUUUAGAAGAACUACAGAUGAGGUUAAAAGCACUGGACCCCAUGAUGGAACGUGAAAUAGAAGAACUUCGUCAAAGAUACACUGCGAAAAGACAACCCAUUCUGGAUGCAAUGGAUGCAAAGAAGAGAAGGCAGCAAAACUUUUGAGUCUGAUUUCUUCUUUUAAUACCUACUCUGGAGACCAAGAAACCACUAAGAAUUAAAGGAAUAUUGUGAUUUUUUUUUUUAAUCCCUGGGAUUUAUACUCUAUCAUUAGGCAAAGGUCAAAAACUAAUGAUCAAACAUGCUUAGGUAAAUUCCCAAAAGGCAGAAUUUACAAUUGUAUCCACUAUAUUUUCAUUUUUAUUUGGGAACAAAAGAAAUGUGUUCUCUUUUUCUGUCAGCUGAAGACCAUUCUAAAACGAAGGCUAUAUUUAGAGACCUUAAAGAUCCAAAGCUAUUGUUUAAUUGUAUAGCACUGAUGGGCUUUAUGUCACAAUAUUCUUUAUUCCUAUUUGGAAGCCUAUUUAUUGUAUUCCCUUAGGUAGAUUUAUUUAUUUAUGCUAUUUCACCUUUAUUUUGUUUUUUGAAGACAAAAUCAAACAGCUUUGGUGAAGGUAGG